GCAAACACGAGUAGAAAAUGUGUAGAAAACUUUUUACCUUUGCCUGCUAGGGUUUUUGGGGAUGGAGGAGGAGCGCUUCCGCUUGAUCCGGAGCGUCGCGCAUUCUUGCGAUGACGAGGACGGGCUGCGCGCGAUCGUCGGUCGUGAGGCCAGCCCGAUCUGCUUCGAUUCGUUCGAGCCGCGGCAGCGAAUGCCAAUUGCGCAGGGGCUUUUGAAGACGCUGAUUGUCAAUCAGCUCGUGGAUGCCGGCUGCUCCGUGAAGAUUUGGAUUGGCGAUUGGGUCGCGGAGCAGCGCUACUGUGUGAAGAACGAGAAGACCAAACUUAGAGUCGCGGGAGAGUAUAUGAUCGAGGUGUGGAGAGCUGCCGGCAUGAAAGUCGAUCAGGUGGAGUUUAUCUGGGCCUCGGACGUGAUCAAUGGCCCCAGGACUGCCGAGUACUGGCCUCUCGUCUUGGAUGUUGCUCGGCGCUGUGAUCUUCCUCGAGUUCUAAGUUGCUUGGGACUAUCUGAAAACUGGGAGGAGGAAACGAUUCCUUCUUCGGAGCUACUGUACCCAUGCAUGCAGUGCGCAAGCAUGUUUUUAACCAAGGCUCACAUUUGCUUGCUGGGAGCUGAUAAACACAAUGUAAUUAACAUGAUUGGGAACUAUUGCAAUGAUUUUGAUAAAGAACGCAGGCCAGUUUUUCUCUCCAAUUCUAUGUUGCCAAGCCUGGAGCGUUUGCAGAGUCUUGAAGCACAAAAGGAGAUGUCAAGGAGCAGCCCAGAUUCAUGCUUGUUUAUGGACGAUGAGGAGAAGGACGUGAAGAAGAAAAUCAACGGGGCCUUCUGUGCCGAAAAGGUUUUAGAGAAAAAUCCCUGCAUGGAUCUGGCGAAGCUCAUCGUCUUCCCGUGGUGCCGAGAGCUAACAAUCAAGCCUCGCUCGGAUGAGGGAACUAAGACAUUCACGUCUGUAGAGGACUUGAGUAGCGAUUAUUCCGCGGGAUCUGUUCAUCCAGGCGACUUGAAGAAUGCACUUACGGAAUCAGUGAAUAAAAUACUGCAGCCGAUUCGAGAUCAUUUCAAGGCAAACUCCAAGGCGAAGGAGCUCCUCUUGAAAAUGAAGAAGCUAAAACUGACGUAAUUUACAGCAUCUUAUGUUUGUUUUUGGAGGCAGCAAAAGCGAUGGAUGCUUGGCUCCUCUUUGAUAUCAGAAAGAAAAGAAAAAAAGGAACCAAGUUCUCUGGUAAGAACUUUUACCGUUU